AGUUAUUCUGAAAGAAGCGCCUAAAAAUACUGACUGUCGGAGAACCGUAUAAUGUACAUAGCGAAAAAGCGAUGCGGCUGUCUCUUUGACAUAUGUCAGCUGAUACAUCAACACAGAUUCUAAUACCUUUACGAAAAACAUUCGACGUUCAACCAUACUCACGAUUUAUUUUUUUCUUUCAGCAAACGAUACCGCACAUUUUUUUACGUUUCCAUACCUUGAAUAUAACGUGCUUAUAUUUUUUAGGAAUCCGUAAUGUGAGUUACACAUCCUUUGAUACUAAAUAGUGAGAAAUUUGCACAGAAUUCUGUGAAAUUAUUGUGAGAGAGAUGUGUGUAAAUGUAAUCUUGUGCAUUUACGAUAUAUAUACGAAAUUAUUUAAUACUUACUAACUAUUUUUAAUAGUCUAUUGUAUGGCUUUAGUAUUCCUGGUCUUUACAUGGAACGAAUAGUCACAGCUUUAAAGUCUAACUUAAACAAUAAACAGUUCCAACAUACAACUGUAAUAUUUGUGAGAGUUCAGAGGAUACGAACACGACCCAUCUGGUUACAUCUUAUAACAAUAUUCUUCACUAAACGAAUGUUCCACAGUGCGCUGAAAUACGGUCUAGUAGGCACCAUAAUGUUUCGGUACACAAAAUUGGGAUUUUGGUUGUUGAUAUUGUCAGCCUUUUUGAGUCCAAGAACUUUGUAAAUCCUAUUUAAAGUUAAAAUGAUUGUGUUUUCUUCAGAUUAUUGCGAUAAUUACUUGAUGUAAAGACAAUUGCUUAUAUAAGAGAAAUAUAUAAGUAUGUUAUACUCUGUGAGAACGAUACAUCUUAAAUGCAUCCAGCAUGUAAUUUUUAGAACCAUAAUGUGCAACACAAGAAAACUUUCAUCCGGAUGUAUUGUUCAUCAUCAUGAUGUAUUGUUCUUUCAAUCAAAGGAAUCAAAAAAAAGAUGGCAACAUGCAAAGCUUCAAAGAGCAAAUUUUCAUAAUACGCAAACACUACAUUUGCCAGCUUUAGGCUUAAUAACGGUAUGUAACGUGUUGAAGUUUGGUGCUGUGUUUAGUGGGUUAUAUGCUAGACGUUGGUGGUUAAAUUUAACUCCAGAGAAACAAGAACAAUAUAGAAGCUGGUUCUGGGAAAGAAGCAAUAUAUUUUUUGGUUCUUUGGGUGUUUUCUCUUUAUCUUUACUUACUUUCUAUUUAACACAUUUAGAAGAAGAUCCAAUAGAGAAACGACGACGUUUUAUAAUCUUUGAUAAAGCUGAACGAACUGCACUUGGACAGACUAUUUUUAAAGCAUUAUUAGAGUUUUACAAGAAUAAUUUCAUACCAUCAAGUGAUCCUAUGUAUUCGAGGCUUAGAAAAAUAAUAACGAAUAUAGGAAGAUCCAAUAAAGAAAUCUUUGAACACACAGAAUGGACUAUCAAUAUAGUGAAUGAUCCAGCGCCUAAUGCUAUGGUUUUCUCGGGUGGAAAUGUUCUUGUGUUUUCUGGUAUUUUCGACAUAAUUCAAAACGAUGAUCAAUUAACAUUUAUUUUGGCACAUGAAAUGUCACACGUUUUCCUCUUACACGUGCCAGAAUUAUAUUCCUACAACGUGCUAGACAAAAUUAUAUAUACUAUACCUACAUUUCUUAUUUGCGCAACUUUGUCAAAAUGGUUAGCAUUGAUAGUUUAUAUGGGAACUCGUUUGUUCCAUAAUAUUCUUUUCACGCUCCCACGUAAAAGGCGAUCAGAAACUGAAGCUGACAAAGUGGGAUAUCGAUUGUCUGCAAGAAGUUGCAUUGACGUAAGGGAAGUUUUACUUUUCUGGGAGCUUAUGGACAAGUAUCAAGACCUUACAGAAGCAAAUAAAUAUAUUAUACCGGCUUUAAGGACUCAUCCUAGUCACAGCAGCAGGCAAAGAGUGCUAGCUCGCCAAACACCGGAAGCCUUGAAAUUGCGAAAUCAAGCUGAGUGUCCUGAGUUGCCACCACAAGACCCACGGGAGAAACUGCCCCGUUAUUUAAAAAAUCUCGAAGAACGCUAUCGUGACAAUCCAGGAAUAUCUCUGUAUUUCUAGAUAGGUCUUUUACUUAUGUAUUAAUCGAAAAAAUAAAAUUUCAAUCUUA